AUGUCCACGGCAUCUCUCUCUCCUUCUCUCUACCCGCAGCCACUGGAUUCAAUGACCGACACUGUACAGAUCCUAUAUGUAACCUUAACGUUCGUCGCAAUUGUUAGCAGUAGAUUCUCAUGUUAUCAAUUGCUUUUAAUCAUCGCCUCAGUCAUCAUCGUCGGUGUGGUAUUGUAUCUCUGCAUCCGAGAAAAUGAAGACAUCAAACGGGACUCAUCGGCUCCUCCAGACGAUGCCACGAUCAUCGACAUCAUCAAAGAGAAGCUGGUCAUGUACUCGUCGCGACAGCUCAAGAUCAUCACUGACAAUUUCAAGCACAAGCUGGGUCAAGGUGGAUUUGGGGUAGUGUACAAAGGAAUGUUAGAAGAUGGCGUGCCGGUUGCCGUUAAAGUCCUUUACGGUGAUUGCUCGAAUAAGCUAAUCAAACGCCAGUUCGAGGCAGAAGUGCGUUUGAUCAGGAGAACACACCAUCCCAAUCUAGUAAAGCUUUAUGGGUUUUGCUUCGACAAGCGAUUGAAAGCACUAGUCUAUGAGUUCAUGGAGAAUGGCUCGCUAGACGGGUUCUUGUUUGACAGAGAGAAGAAGAAUAAGAUCGAAUGGGAGAAGCUCUAUAGCAUUGCAAUUGGAACCGCAAAGGGCAUUGCUUACUUGCAUGACGAUUGCCGAGAUAGAAUAAUUCACUACGAUAUAAAGCCGGGGAAUGUAUUGCUCAAUGUGGAGUUGUCACCUAAGGUGUCAGAUUUUGGGCUAGCCAAGCUUUACAGCCGAGAUGCGACGCAUGUGCCCAUGUCGGGGUUCAAGGGAACUCCAGGUUAUGCUGCUCCAGAAAUGUGGUUGCCGUUUCCGGUCACUCCAAAAUGUGAUGUUUAUAGCUUUGGAAUGUUGUUGUUUGAGAUUCUUGGGAGGCGGCGGAAUUUGGAUUCUAGAAACUCUGGGAGCUUGGAAUGGCUGCCGAGGUACGUCUGGAAUAAGUUUGAGGAAGGAGCAAUGGAGGAGAUGGUGGUUCGUUUGGCGAUCAAUGGAAAAGAUAAAGAGACUGUGAAGAGAAUGGCUAUGGUAGCUUUGUGGUGUGUCCAACAUCGACCGGAGCUCCGGCCUUCGAUGAGUACUGUUGUGAAGAUUUUGGAAGGGGAAGUGAACUUGCAUGCCCCACCAAAUCCUUUCCCUCAAAUGGCGUCAGAUAAUUCUCGGAACUCUAGGAUCUCAACUCCAUUGGUUCUCCUAAAAAAAUCCAUGCUACAUGUUAGCAAUUGGGGUAAAGCAAUCAUCAAGCCUCUACAGCAGGUGGGGGAUUUCUUAAGGAAGAGGGAAGGAGUUGCAAGACUCUACCUCCUUUAG